CAAACAUAUAUUGUGGCAUCCAAAACUAAUAACACGAAAAGGGUCACCCAAGAAAACUUUACCAAAGGUCGAUCAGCCAUGGAGUCGCUCCAAUUGCUGGCCUUUGUUUCUCUGACUGUUCUUCUUCCCUUGCUUUCAUUCUUCUUUCUCACCAGAACAUCAAAACCCCAAAAACAAUCUCCACCUUCCCCCAGUACCAUUACUACCCAGCUCCCAAAAUCCUACCCUUUAAUCGGUUCUUUCUUUGCAGUGUACGCCAAUCGAGAACGACGCAUGCAAUGGAUGACUGACAUUCUGAAAAGCUCACCCUCCGCCACCUUCGUUCUCCGCCGAUCCUUCGCCACCUACCAGGUCAUCACGGCCAACCCUGCAGUCGUCCAGCAUAUUCUCAAGACCGAAUUCCAUAACUACGGCAAGGGAGACAAUUUCCACCGCGUCCUCAAAGACUUGCUCGGCUUCGGCAUCUUCAACGUGGACGGCGAAUCCUGGAAGUUUCAGAGACAAGUCUCCAGCCAUGAGUUCAACACCAAGUCUCUACGCAAGUUCGUCGAGACCGUCGUCGACACCGAACUCUCUGACCGCCUCAUCCCCAUCCUAUCCUUGGCUGCCGCCAAAACCGGAACUGUCCUAGACUUCCAGGAUAUUCUUCAGCGGUUCGCCUUCGACAACAUAUGCAAAAUCGCUUUUGGGUUCGACCCUGCCUACUUGUUGCCCUCUCUUCCAAAAGCCAAGUUCGCGGAAGCUUUUGAGGAAGCCGUCAAGAUCAGCAGCGAGAGGUUCAUUGCGUUAAUCCCCCUCAUCUGGAAAAUCAAGAAGCUUUUAAAUAUUGGGUCCGAGAAACGUCUGAGAAUCGCAGUAUCAGAAAUUCGAGAAUUCGCCACAAAGAUUAUAAGAGAAAAGAAGCGCGAGCUCGGCGAGAAGGCCUCGCUCGAUUCCGUCGACCUCUUGUCAAGAUUCUUGAGCUCUGGCCAUUCGGACGAGAACUUCGUGACGGACAUAGUGAUAAGCUUCAUACUUGCCGGGCGUGAUACUACCUCGUCGGCUUUGACAUGGUAUUUCUGGCUACUUUCCAAGAACCCACGUGUUGAGGCUGAGGUUCUGAAGGAAAUCAGAGAAAAAUCGGAGUCUCCUAUUUUUGACGAAGUCAAAGACAUGGUGUACACCCACGCUUCUUUGUGCGAAAGCAUGCGGCUAUACCCGCCCGUCGCUGCAGACACGAAGGAGGCCGCCAUCGACGACAUUUUGCCGGACGGGACGGUGGUGAAGAAAGGAAUGAGAGUGACGUACCACCAAUACGCCAUGGGAAGGAUGGAGACGCUGUGGGGUUCGGACUGGGCAGAGUUUAAGCCGGAGCGAUGGCUGGAGAAGAGCGAGGAGGAGGAGAAGCAUUGGAGGUUCGUUGGAAGGGACGCAUACACAUACACAGUGUUCCAGGCGGGGCCGAGGAUUUGUCUGGGGAAGGAGAUGGCAUUCCUGCAGAUGCAGAGGUUGGUUGCGGGGAUUCUCAGGAGGUUCAAGGUGGUGCCGGUAAUGGAAAAAGAUUUUGAGCCGGAGUUUAUACCGUACUUGACUUCCAAAAUGAAAGGUGGGCUUCCGGUGAAGAUUGUCGAGAGGGAUAUUGAUGCGAAAGAGUGACAUGCUUGCAACCAAACAUGCCUUAUUAAUCUCAUGUACUUGCUACAAAUAUCCCUCCCUAUAUAUGUUUAAUUCUUAGAAUAUUAAUUUUGUUUGAUGUAAUUUUAGAAUCUUUCCAUUUGUAUCAUUAUUUUUCUACAGAAAUCUUUCGAAUGUAUUAUGAUUAAAUUAAAAACAUAGACAUUAUCAAAAAAUGAGAUGAGGUGUAGGAAACUUGUACGACGAACAUUCCAUGAGCUCUUUUUUGCCAUGGCGCAUGGUUUUCGAUUCUGCAACUGCUUUGCCUGGUGAUAGGUAAAAGAUGCACAUGAAUCGUGGGGAGUUGUCUGUAGAGUCUGUACCUUACACUUACAGCUUCUGGGUUCGGUCCCCGUCGACCUCGACAUGGUCUAACACCAUCGCCAUCUCGAUCUCUCCAGUAAUUUCUUCAAUGGGUAUCUGCCAGGCCAAUUCAAUCUUCAAUGCAUCAGAGCUUCAAGUACUGCUUUCCCUUUCAAACAAUGUCAUCACCGGUGAGCUACCAGCUGAGCUUAAGGUGGGUUAAGAAGCUUACAGUUGCUGAAUCUUUCUGAUAAUGCAUUUGCCGGGAAGAUACCUCAAAAUCUCACUCCUUUGCAGAAUCUGACUGUUGUUUCUUUGAGGAGUAAUUACUUUUCCAGCAGUGUUCCCAAGUGGUUUCAACUCAAUUGAAGUUUUAGAUUUGUCUU